CUUGGUGAUAAGACUUCUUGAUUUUGGUAAAUACAGGUGAAGCCUUCUUUUGUUUUUUCUGAUGGUGGUGAUGACUAAUGAAAGUAUUGUGCCAGAGGAAUUGAUGAAAUUGCUUCUAAAUUUAGCUACAAAAUGGGGGGAUGUAUUGGAUCUAAAGACAUUGAAAGUUCACCGUUUGAGUGGUUCCCUGACUAAUGAGGUUUAUCGGAUAAGUUGGCCUACCAAGAACAACGAAAAUGCGUCGAGCACAGUCUUGGUUCGCAUGUAUGGUGAAGGAGUAGAGCGUUUCUUCAAUAGGGAUGAGGAGAUUAGAACUUUUGAGUGCUUGUCAAAGAAAGGUCAAGGACCUAAACUUCUUGGUCAGUUUCCAAAUGGUAGAGUUGAGGAGUUCAUUCAUUCAAGGACAUUAUCUGCUGAGGAUCUUCGUGAUCCGGAGAUCUCUGCUUCAAUAGCUGCUAAACUGAGGGAGUUUCACAACCUUGACAUGCCUGGUUUAAAGAAUGUCAUUCUUUGGGAUAGUAGCGACGACCUCACUGCCAUUUUUAGAAAAAUGGAAGAGAUAGAGAACGAGAACAAAGCACUCCGCGACCAAAUGAGGGAGCAUCAAGAAAGGGUAGAUAAGAUACUGGGCUCCCCAAGACUCCUACAAAAACGGGACGGCGGCCGAUCUGACAUGACAGGCAAUGGAGAAGAAAAGAGAAAGGCGAUAGCCGAUCUCACUGCCAAUCUCCUAAACACUAUCGACGAAGCUCACGGAGAGGAUGAGGAAAAUGUGACACCAAGCGCCUCACCAGGCGAAGUGAUUCACCCCCUCCUCAUGGCAGCGUUACCGCUUCUCAUGGAAAGGGAGCCUCUACGUCCACCACGGAAGAAGCACCACCAGUGCCAAAAAAGCUACUAG